AUGAAGAAAAAUAAACAGAACAACGGAACUUCAAAGAAAAAGACGGAACAACAAAAAGUUGAGGAGAACAGCGGAGACGAAAAAAACGUUGCAAAGGUUGACUCUUUGGAUGAUGAGGAUCAGGGGUUUGGAGGAUGGCUUAGAUCAGCUGAUGGUAUGGAAACUAUGAAGCUAUUUGUGAUAGCGAACAGUAUAGUUAUGGUAACAACGCUGGCUUACCCACAAAUUCAGACAAUCUUCGAAAUAUUGUAUGAAAUGUUAUACGAUAUAACUAUAUAUUGA